UUAUUUUAGGUUAGGUUAUAAUUUUUUUCUGUGUAAGAAUGUUCUAAGUAUUUGUUAAAAUGUCGUUGAAGAAAUACACCAGGAUGUGCUUGUGGAAUUCGUGCUUUAUGCUGGGCAUCAUAAUUGGCAUGUUUUUGAACCUGAGCAUUACAGACUUUGAGUGUACCAAUUAUCUGCUCGAGCACAGAAGAGUGGAUUUCAAUUAUUCAACAAUAAAAACGGUAUGGGUAACGAAUGUAACAAGGAAAUCCACAAAGAAACCGACCCAAUUGAUCAGGCCAAGAUACUAUUCAACUGAGCUUGGUAUCAAAGAGAAACUGUUCAUUGGUGUUUUGACUUCUGAGGAGAAAAUAACUUCAUUGGCUGUACACGUGAACAAGACUGUAAAUCAUUUAGUUGAUAAAGUGAAGUUCUUCAUAACAGCUCAACAUAAGAUUAAAAGGAAGUUCAAUUAUAGUGGAUUAGUUGGCUUCACAGAUACCAGAAAUAGGUACAGACCAUUCCAAAUAAUCAAAUAUAUAGGAGAUAACUACUUGCAGGAUUAUGACUAUUACUUCCUUAUGAAUGAUUAUGACUAUCUCAAUGCUAGGAAACUGAAAGAAACUGUUGAAGGCAUUAGUGUCAGCAUGAAUGUUUAUAUGGGGAAUCCAGUCCAUGGUUCUAGCUAUUGCAAUUUAGAUUCAGGCAUUUUGCUCAGCAAUUCAGUUUUGGGUGCGAUGAUGGAACACCUGGAUUGGUGUGUCAUGAAUGCAGUAACGGAUAACCAUAGCCAAAACAUUGGCAGAUGUGUUUAUUAUAGCACAAAGUUAGAAUGUCAGAAGGAAAUUCAGGGUCAAAAGUUACCUUCAUACGAGUUAAAACGAUUUGUGCUUACUGAUAAUAUGCACAGAUUGACUAAGGAAAAGGAGUUCAAUGAAGCGGUUACAGUGUUCCCGUUGAUUCAAGGCCACGAUCAUCACUUACUCCACAGUUAUUAUUCAAAGGAGAGAUUGGUGGCAUUACGAAAGGAAAUUAUCGAGUUGGAGGCGGGACUUCCGGAGGAUUGGCCGGCCGGAGAGAGGAAAGGUGCUAUUCCAGCAACGAGAUUCGAUUUACCCAAACAAUAUUAUUUCAAUACAACUCAUAUGUUCUUUCCCGACGAUUCAACGAUUAUUAGAAAACACACUAAAGGAGAUUCAGAAGAUAUCAAUAGCGUUAUAUCGCACGUUAAAGCGAAAGUGGAACAUUUGCAUUCCGGAAAGUACCAAUUUCGUCGUUUGGUCAAUGGCUACAGAAGCUUUGAUCUGAGUAGAGGCAUGGAUUACAAACUGGAUAUCGGAUUUAGGGACUUGUUUACGGGAAAGGAAGUUAUUAAAAGGUUUGAAGUUUGCAAACCUCUUGGUAAUGUGGAGUUCAUUCCGGCGCCGUACGUAACCGAGAAUAACCGAGUUACGCUGUUGCUUCCAGUGGAAGAAACGGAAACGGAGCAGGUGAAAAAGUUCAUUGAUUGUUAUUCUAAGACUAUAAUGGAGAGACGCGAGAAAACUCUGCUGAUGUUGGUUUUCCUGUACCAAGCGAAUACGACGAGUAAAGGUAAAGAGGACGUUUUCGGAGAGAUCAAAGAAAUCGCAGUAAGAUUGAGCAACAAGUACAAGAGCGAGGAUACUAAAAUCGCGUGGGUCAGCAUUAGAUUGCCGCAGAGUGAAGAUUUCAUCGACUUGGCGAAUUACGGAUCGCUCAAUUUCGCGUUAAUCGAUUUGGCUCUGAAGAAGAUUGGUCUGGAUAGUUUGAUUCUGAUUGUGGAUGCGUACAGCGAGUUCACGUAUGAUUUCCUGAACAGAGUACGCAUGAACACCAUAGGAAAUUUUCAGAUUUUCAGUCCGAUCCCGUUCAGGUUUUAUAACCCGACGGUCACGCAGAUGCAAGGAAAGGAGCUGCACAAGAACGCUGGUCAUUUUGACAAUCAAGAGUACAGAUAUCUUUCCUUUUACGCCAAAGAUUAUGUUUUCGCUAGAAAACAGUCAAAGCAUUUGAUUCCUUUGAUCAGGGUGGACAACGACACCGCCAGUGUCUUGACUGAAGAGACGAAACAUUUCAGUAAUGUGUUCGAAAUGUUCGUUAAAUUCUCCGCUCAAGAGGUGCAUUGUCUUCGAGCGCCUGAAAUAUCUCUGAAAGUCAUGUACCACGAAGAGCCGGACGAGAGCAAAGGGAACUGGUUCAUGGGCACUCAGGCUCAAUUAUCCAAAUUGGUUCUGCAGAAAGCUGAGGAGCUCCAACUGGACAAUUACAAAAACGAUUGAUUGGCAUUUACCAAUAAUCCGUGCAAUUAUUAGCUAUUAAGUGUAUAUCUUCCAUGCGGUUUAGAGGUCUCACUGCCAUCAAACUAUUAAUCUUUCUUUACCUUAUUUAACUAGUUUCUGUGUUCAGACGAUGCAAUUAACCAAACCGUUAAGUGAUAAUAUUUGUGCCUUCUUAAAAUAAGUGCCAAACAAAUAAAUAUUUACUUUUUA